UUGCUAGCAGCAUGGGGAAUGAUUAUAUGCUUCUGGAAUGCCAUGGGCGGGCAACAAGCAAGAGAAAGGCUUCUUUGUCUGUAAAUUAUUAGUUGUGAUUCAGAGAACGAAGUAAUACGAGCUGAACACGAAGAAGUGGGUAUUAGAAGGAGUUUCUCCCCCCUGACGAGUGGCUCACAGAGAAGCCUCUCUUUGUUUGGAACAAAUGCGAUAGACGAAAAGGAGAAGGAAGAAGUAUCAUGUCGUAUUCGGGAUUUGGGAAGGAAUCAGGGCCCUCUGUGCCACCCAAAUCACAACCAGCCUUUGGUCAUACUAACACUUUCCUCCGUCCGCCGUCUUCUUCUCUCGCAACUCCAGCUUCUCCAUAUGCCACUUCGCCGUCACCUCCUAGACACAGUGCUGGGAAGAAACUAUUUUAUAGAGAUUUGGAUGCCCCUGCUCCUGAAAAUCUGGCAGCAAUUACAACACUUGCUGCCUCGCGGGAUUCCACCACUGGCAUUACAGCCAGAGUUUCUAGAUCUCAAAACCCAGAAAAAACCAGAUCUCCUCCCUUACCAUAUGCAGGCAAUGAUGCAUCCAAGUACCCCGGUCAAGCUGUUCUGAGAAACAGCACCUCAAAUUUGCUUACUGAUGGCCAUAGUCAGUCACUGCAUCUGAAAUCACAAUCAACUCCUUUGGUACCUGUAGGCUAUCAACCUGUUCGGAGUUUUCGGCCUUCUGUUGCUCUUCAACAGCCAGCUGUAGCUUCCGGUACAUUGGGUAACCUGGCCAGUCUAUCAGGCAGUUAUACCAGCUCACCGGAACAUCAGGUCCAAUCCUUGGUCUCAACCCAGGUUGUUUCUCAUAAUCCUCGGGGUUUUGUGAGUGAAGUUAAUGGCUAUCAAGUCAGAACUAGGUCCCCUCCUUUGCCAUUAGUCAAAUCUAACGAAGUUUUGCAGCAUAAUUAUACUGUUGCUCAGAAAGAUUUGAUGAGGCCUUCAUCUCCUCCUAAUUUGGGAAAUACGUCUAGCAUUAUAAGGAGUGGCCCUCACGCACAAGUCUAUAAAAAAUCUUCACCACCUGCUACAGUUUCCGAAGCUGCAUUAAACAGCUCCAUCAGUUCCUCUACUCCUAAAAGAACAAGAUCACCUCCUCGAAUAUCUUCAAGUGAUAAAACUCUUGAAGGAAAAAUCAACUCCUCAAAUGACAAUUCUGAACGCGAAAUGUUAGCCAAGGCAAAGCGUUUAGCUCGGUUCAAGGUGGAUCUAGGCAAAUCUGAGCAGAGUGAUUCUGAUACUGCAGACAGGAAGGCUUCUGCAAGUAGAAAUGAACAAUCUCUGUCAGAGGAAAAAUAUGAUGGUGGCCAUUCUAUACAACCAACUGUCAAUGUUGCUAAUGGCCAUGCUUUGUCUGAUUCUGAAGGCCUCAAGACGUCCAACAUAAUUAUUGGCUUAUGUCCAGAUAUGUGUCCUGAGUCAGAGAGGGCAGAGCGUGAAAGGAAAGGGGAUCUUGAUCAGUAUGAACGAGUGGAUGGGGAUAGAAAUGUAACCAGCAGAGUUCUUGCAGUUAAGAAGUAUAAUAGGACAGCAGAGAGGGAAGCAAGCUUGAUUCGGCCUAUGCCUGUUCUUCAGAAAACAAUUGAUUACCUGCUUGAUUUGCUAGAUCAGCCGUAUGAUGAAAGGUUUCUUGGCAUGUAUAACUUCUUGUGGGACCGGAUGAGGGCAAUUAGGAUGGACCUGAGGAUGCAGCACAUUUUCAACCAAGGGGCUAUAGCUAUGUUGGAACAAAUGAUAAGAUUACACAUAGUUGCAAUGCAUGAAUUAUGUGAAUACACAAAAGGGGAGGGCUUUUCAGAAGGAUUUGAUGCUCACCUGAACAUUGAACAGAUGAACAAAACUUCAGUAGACUUGUUUCAGAUGUAUGAUGAUCACAGAAAGAAGGGAAUAAAUGUGCCAACAGAGAAGGAGUUUCGAGGCUACUAUGCUCUCCUUAAAUUGGACAAGCAUCCUGGUUAUAAAGUUGAACCGGCAGAACUCUCUCUUGAUCUUGCUAAGAUGACUCCUGAGACCAGGCAGACUCCAGAAGUUCUGUUUGCCCGCAAAGUAGCAAGGGCUUGCCGAACUGGUAAUUUUAUUGCCUUCUUUCGGCUUGCUAGAAAGGCAAGUUAUCUUCAAGCGUGUCUAAUGCAUGCUCACUUUGCAAAGUUGCGUACCCAGGCACUUGGUUCUUUACAUGCUGGUUUGCAAAAUAACCAAGGUCUCCCUGUUUCGCAUGUUGCUAACUGGCUUGCUAUGGAGGAUGAGGACAUAGACGGCCUGCUAGAGUAUCAUGGGUUCUUGGUGAAAACAUUUGAAGAACCAUAUAUGGUGAGGGAAGGGCCAUUUCUCAAUAUUGAUAAUGAUUAUCCCACCAAGUGUUCCAAACUAGUUCACAAGAAAAGGUCAGAAACGAUAAUAGAAGAUGUUUCACCCUCAGAUCAAGUUGUAUUGCCACCUGUUGAGACAACAAACAAGAUCCAGAUACAGAAGAAGUAUGAGAAUGAGCAACAAUCUGUCAAAGAAGUUAGUUCAAUUGAGAAGGUUGAUGAAGAAAUGGCCGACUCUGAAGCUAUUUUGUCCCCAAAGGAUGGUAGAUCUGGAAGGAAAUUUCAGGAAAUGCCGAUUGCAGUUGAACAUAGUGAAACUGAUCAUAGUUUUACUAUGCCUUUUUCGUCACCAAUUGGCUUCUUUAAUCGUGGUAUACCUGAACCACAGCCAACCAGAUCUGUACUUACUAAGCGUACUAACUCUGAUGCUAUAUUCACAAGCUCUCCUAAGAGAAUCUUUCAUUCAGAGCUGGAUGGAAGGCUCCUUGAGAGUGUGACAAAACUGUCUCCAUCAGAAAGCUCAAGAGGAUAUGGCUUUCAUUUUUCUGUGGCUGAUACUGUGCCCCAAGGUGCAUCUCAAGAUGAACCUCUACUCGUUAACCAAGUAAACGAAGAUGAAAUUGACGAAGCUGAAGAAAAUGAUCUAGAUGAAGAAAUUUCUGCAGCUAAGCUCAAGCUAUUCUUAAGGUUAUGGAAGAGACGGACGUCAAAGUUGAGGAUGCUACGUGAACAAAGGGAAUUUGCAGCAAAUGCUGCAUUGGAGUCGUUGUCACUGGGACCACCUAUACGACAUUACAUUGGUCAACCAAGCAACUUUGACAAGUUUGACGUUGAUGAAGCCGUGAGAGAGAGAUACGAAAAGCAGGAAAAGUCCUGGGCAAGACUUAAUAUUUCAGAAAUGGCCGGUGACAUACUACGAAGAAGAAACUCAGGUGUCAAAUGUUUGUGCUGGAAAAUUAUCCUCUGUUCUCAGGCGGACAAAGGACUUAAAAUGGGUGCAGCAGGCUCGUGGUUGAUCUCAAAGCUCAUGCCUUCCUGUGACGAGGAUGUGGUUAUUUCUUCGCCUGGCCUGACAAUAUGGAAGAAAUGGGUUCCUGGGCAAUGUGGUGCUGAUCCUAUUUGCUGCUUCUCUGUAAUUAGGGACACAUCUUUCUGUGUUGGAGAUGAAACAGUAUCUGGGGCAAGUGCAGUUUUAUUUCUUGUAUCUGAGAGCAUCCCAUGGAAACUUCAAAGAGUUCAACUCCAUAAUAUUCUCACGUCAAUUCCCACUGGUGCUCACUUACCCCUUCUGAUCUUAUGUGGUUCAUAUGAUAAAGGAUUUUCUCCUGUUAUAAUUAAUGAACUGGGCCUUGAUGAUAUUGAUAAAUCCCGCGUUAGUGGCUUUCUGCUUGUCUUCCCUAUUGAGAAUCAACAGAUAGAACACUUGGGUGGAUUUUUCAGUGACAGACGAUUAAGAGAGGGGCUGGAGUGGCUGGCAGGAGAGUCACCCUUGCAGCCCGCCCUACAGUAUGUGAGAGUGCGAGAACUUGUUCAUACCUAUCAUAGUUCCUUGUUGAGGGUACUGUGUAGCUCCAAUAACUCGAGGUUGGGUCCUACUGACUGUAUCUCAGUGUUCAAUGAAGCUUUAGAUCGAUCAUUACAGGAGAUUGUUGCUGCUGCUAAUGCAAAUCCUGCUGGUUGGCCGUGUCCUGAGAUUGGUAUGCUUGACCAGUCUAGUUAUGAGGAUAUAUUGCUGAAAAACUACUUGCCACCAUCAGGUUGGAGCUCCAAUCCAAAAAUAGGACAAAUCAUCAGGGCUUUCCAAGAUUGCAAGCUCCCCUCGUUUGGUGAUGAUCUAUCCUGGUUGGCCGUUGGCUCUAAAGCAAAACAUGACAUUGAGAACCUCAGGUUAAGGCUUGAAAGUAGCUUGAUUCAUUACCUGACCGAUACUAGUAAGAUCAUGGGAGUCCCAUUGGCAACAAAAGAGGCACAUGUCAUGCUGCAGUCAUGUGCUAGACUCGAGCUUUGCGGCUCAAAUUACCAUAUAGUUCCGCAGUGGACCAUGAUCUUCCGUCGAAUCUUCAAUUGGAGAUUGAUGAGUUUAUCCAGUGGCGAAGUCUCUUCAGCUUACAUAUCAGAACAGACUCGCGUUUCUCCUCCGAGUUCAGAUAUGGAUGUGAACUUUGAAGCUAAUUCGCCUUCAUUAUUUUAUCAAAGUGCGUCUUUGGAUGAGAUAAUUGAAGUUGGAUGUGGCUCUCCUAUCCUCAUGAAGAGUCAAUCAAGGCCUCUUCAACUUUCACAGAACACAGAUGAUGUGAUGAAUGAAACUGUUAGCCCAGGUGAUUUGAGGGAUUCUGCAAUGGAUGAACUGCCCAGCGUUGAUAACACAGUUUCCUCACAUGGAUUAGACAAUGCUAGAAGUGAAGUCCUAACAAAUGGCAAAGCAAACAGCGAAGCUGAGAAGUUAAGCAGACUACUGGAGCAGUGCAAUUUGCUGCAGAAUGUCAUAGAUGAGAAGCUUUCUCUGUACUUCUGAUCUGCUUAAUGAUUUUGUGAUGCUUGUAUUUUACAUUACGCUGGACCAAUAUAUAGAGGGAAUUGCGUCAAAAGAAGAAAAAAGAGGGAGGAUAAGAAUAUAUGUUAACCCAAAGCGUGUUUUUAGGCAGUUUUGUCCAGAAAAUGAGAAUAUCAUGUUUAUCUA